AUGAGUAUGUCAAAAGAACCAUUUGCUCAUCUAGACAAAUUAUAAAAUAGAGAAAAAUUGCAUGUGAUUUCAUAGAAACUGUUGGAGAUAGAAGCGAAAUACUACAGGGAUAUUUAAUAAGAUAAUAAAAGGAAUUAAGAUUAAUAGUUAUAAAAUAAUAGUGAUUACGUAGAGACUGAGCUUUCUACAAGCAUAAAUUAAGAAUAAUAAUUCUAACUACCAAACGAAAAUGAUUAAGAUUAUGAAUAUUAGUAAGAGCUAUAAUUAACAAGUGAUAUGCAAGGCAACUCAUAAAUAUCCUCGCAUUGCUUUUAGAAUUUUAUAUAACAAAAUGAAAGUAGAAUAAAUGAAGAAACUCAAAGAAAUAAUAUAUGUAAUUUAGAGCUCAGCAAGCAAAUAUAAUAUUAAUAUAAUCAUGAAUUUUAAGUUCAGCCAUUUAUUUAAUAACAUGAACAAAAAAGCAUGUAAAGCUAAGAAUAAAGCAGUAAUAAUGAUAUAAAAUGGAAAUAUACUGAUGAUUAAUUUGAUGAUUAAUAGAUAAAAUGUUAUAUUUCUUUAGAAUAAGAAUAAAAUAAAUUAAUGAAUAAACUUCCUUUGCUUUAAAUAUAAAAUCAAUAGGAAAAAGAUUUGAAUUAGUAAAAUUAAUAUUAAUAAACACAAAAUGAAAUUUAUUAAUCUGCGCUUUCUUUUGAACUUGAAACCUUUAAAGAAGAGGACAUUUAAAAUCCAUAAUUUCAAAGUUAAGAUUUUAGUUAGUAAUAAUUUGAAAAUAAUUUGAAUUUAAGAAAUUAAGAUGAAUUACAUAUUUUUUUAAGCUAUUUGAAUCAAACAAAUAACUAAGACAGUAUUAAAAAAUAAGGGGAACAUUUUUUAAAUAAAGAUAUAGUAAAUGAGAAUAAGCAUAAAUAAAAAUAAGAGGAAAUAAUAAAUAACUUAAAAUCUUUUGGUAAUUAGAGAAGCUAACUUGAUAAUACGAAUUAAAUAAAAAAAAUUUUGAAAGACGAAAUUUAUGUUGAUGAUUAGUUUAGAAGUGAGUUUAAGCAGUUUUAAGAUAAAAACUUAUAUGAAGACUAUGAUGAAUAAUAACUAAAACGCGUUCUUUAUGUUAUUUUUAUAUAUUACUCUUCAUAUGGUGAAAGAAAUAAUGUGAGAAAUUUAAAAUCUUCUAAAUUUAUUAAAAUGAUGAAUGAUUGUGGAUUUAGCUAGCAUUAAUAAAAGUUUGAUCUAAUUUUCUUUUAGUCGACUUAAUAAAAUGGAAAUAAACAUUAUGCUGAUUUUGAUAGGUUUCUAAUUAUUUUGAAUUCUGUUUCAAAUAUUAUUUUUCAAUCAAACUUUACGUAGCUAUAUGUGAAACACUUAAAACCUCUAUAUGAAAAAAUUAUUGAACACACAGAGUAUGGUCAAAAUAUUAUAAUCUUUUUCAAAUAUAGCAGCAUUAAUUGGGAUUAAUUUCACUUUUCUCCUCAGUUUAUAUCUCUUUUAUAUGACAUAUAUCAGUAAUACUUUAUAAAAGAUGUCAGCAGUAAAAUAAUAAAAAAAGAAGUAUUGUAAAAAGAAAACGAAACUUAAUGUUCAAGGUUGCUAAAAGAUUUAGAUUUUCUCCCUGGUUUAAUAAGCGUUGCAAGUAUGCACACUUUAUUUUAAUUUACUUUUGAUAUGAAUCCUCAAGAUUUAAAAAUAAAUUAGAUUCAAAGUGCUUUUCCUUGGGAUCAUUCAUUAGGAAAGAUAUUUACAAUUUCUAAAUUUAUAUUUUUUUUGAUAAUUUGCACAUCUAUUUCAUAAUAAAGGCUGAUUAAAAAUAUGUAGCAAAACAUGAAUAUUAUUUUAUUUUAAGAUCUUAUAAAUUUAAUUUGUGAAAGAGUUAUUUCAAGAGGCUUCAAUAUAGACACUGCUCUUGUUGCUACACUAAAAAAUUAAAUCAAAGAAGAAAUAAACAAAGAUAGCUAUGAAGUCCUUGAUAAUUGUUAGAAAGAAAAAUAAGAAAUCGCUAAUUAAUAUGGAAAUCAUAGAUUGAUUAGUGAAGCUGACACUCUUUUUGAAUAUAGUUUGUCAAACUAAAAAGAAUCUAAAUCUAAAUAAAUGAUUAAAACAGAAGAAUCUUAAGUAUUAAUAAGAGAUUAUUAAAAUUAAACAUAAGCAUUAAAAAAAUCUAAAGAUGAUAGCAGAUAAAUGUUUGAUUUUAAAAAUAAUUAAAUUUAAAAUGAUAUAAAUGAUAAUAGUUAAAACCUUUAAGCUGUUCUUGAUUCUUAUUCUUACGAUUUGAAAGAAAUUUAUAACCAAUAUAUAGAUAAGGUAAAUAAGCUUUUAAAAAAAUUAUCAUUUAAAGAGUUUCUAAAAGAUUCUCAGCUUGAUUAAAUUAUCCCUUCGUAAUAGAUUGAAAUAAUAUUUUUUUAAUGCAAGAAUUCAACAAAUUCUUUAAAUUUUAAGGGCUUCUUACAAUCUAUAGAAAAAAUAUUCAUUUAUUUUUCAUCUCAGUAAGACUAAAAUCUUUUAGACUAGGCUAAUUAUUUUGAAGAGUUGAUAAAAUAAUUCAUUUUGCCUAUAAAUAACUAGUCAGGCUAAAAUAAAUAUAUAAGCUUGCUCUAAAAUUUAGCAUAAAAUGCUGAUAUUAAUUAAGUUUUGAACUCACUUUAAACUUCUUUUCCUACUAUAUUCUAAAUUUACUCAUCCUCUAAUAAUAAAAUUAAUUUUAAAAUGUACAUCAAAUUUUUUUCUGAAUUUGAAGUAUUUCCUACUUACAUUUCAUUUCAAAAGCUAUAACAGAUAUUUAAAACUCUUGUUUAAUAUUAAAGCUUAGAUAAAGAAAAUUAGAUUGAUAUUGAUAAUUAAGUAGGAAUAAAUUUUAAAAUUGCAAAUUAAAAACAAAAUUUAGAUAAUUAAUUAUUGAAUUUAUAAUAAUUUUUAAGAGCUUUACUUUUGGUAUCUCUUGAGGUGUCUAAUUAGCAAGAAGAUUCUUUAUCUAAAUUUGUAACAUUUCUUAGAAAGAUUAAUGAAAAUAAAAUCAUCAUAUCUGUGAGUACAAACAAGCUCAAAAACAUAGAUAUUUUAAAAAAUAUUCCUUAAAAGUUCUUAAAUAUUUUUUGA